AUGGCCGCGGGGGGGAAAGGCGCCCGGCUGAAGGUCUAUGGCGUGGUCGUAGGAGCGGUGAGAAGCAAGAAUGGCAUCGCAAGAGGACGGCACAACAAGCAUAACUUCGCCAAUGAGCAUGUCUAUAGACAGCACAACAACCACUCCAAUGAGCUAUUCUACAGACAGCACGACAACCACAACUUUCCCAGACAGCACAACAACGCCGAUUUCAUCAACAAGCAUAACUUUGCCAAUGAGCAUGUCUACAGAUACCACAACAACAUCAUCAACAAGCAUAUCCACAGACAGCACGACCGACAGCACAACAACCACAUCAACAAGCCUUUCUACAGACAGCACAACAUCAUCAACGAGCAUAUCCACAGACAGUACGACCAGCACAAGUAUAGACAGCAAAACAAGCAUAACUUCACCAAUGAGCAUGUCUACAGACAGCACAACAACCACACCAAUGAGCUCUUCUACAGACAGCAUGACAACCACAACUUUGCCAGACAGCACAACAACGCCGAUUUUACCAACAAGCACAUCUACAGAUACCACAACAACAUCAACAAGCAUAUCCAUAGACAGCACGGUCGGCACAACUACAGACAGCACAACAAGCAUGACAAGCACAUCUACAGAAGACAGUACGACCAGCACAACUAUAGACACCACAACAAGCAUAACUUCGCCAAUGAGCAUGUCUACAGACAGCACAAAAACCACACCAACGAGCUCUUCCACAGACAGCAUGACGACCACAACUUUGCCAGACAGCACAACAAUGCCGAUUUCACCAACAAGCACAUCUACAGACAGCCCAACAACAUCAACAAGCAUAUCCACAGACAGCACGACCGGCACAACUACAGAUAG